UCCAUCCCACCAAUCAGUCUUUGUGCCUCUUUCUCGCGCGCAAUAAUGCUCGAAUCUGCUCCCCGAUUAUUGCAGUGAGCACCACGUUGGGCCUGGUCGUUAGAUCGCCAGUGCACGCACAUUUCACGACCUCUAUCAAUCAGCACCCCCUCUUCCUCUGCAUGCUGCAAAACCCGCAUUCAUUCUCACAUCUUUCUCAACCUCGUGCAAGACACCGUCAAUCAACAUGUCGAGUCCUUUUCGUAGUACAGCUGUCAGACCCACAGGGCAAGCUUCAACGAGCGCUCAGCCGGAUGCAGCAGCACCCUCGGCUGUGGCUAGGAGACCCUUUCAUCGGAGCAUGACGGCACCCCUCAGCACCCGCAUGGGUGCGCUCAGACAUCCUGGGAGCAGCGGCAUUGCUGCAUCAAAGAUAGACAGUGGUCAGCAAGUGGAUGGUGGUCUCAUCGAUGCUCAGCCCAGGGAGAAGCCUAGCGACCGAAGUAUGAAGCGUGUUCCUUCAGAAUCGCAGUGGAGUGGACGUGCGCAACAAGAACAUGAAGACAUUGAUACUCUGGCCGAUCAGCAACUUCGAAAAGCGAACACUGCGAAAGGCGAUCAAGGGCAGAUGGAUGGAUACGAAUUGUCUGCCGUCGUCGCAGAUACGCUCCAGCUGCCCAUUAGCACGUUGAUGCAGAUCAUCCCGCCUCAUCUUUUAGAUCCGUCGCAUGAGAGGCUCAGUGCGAUGAGCUUGCAAGUACCUGUCGCUAGCGUAGAAGCGCUGUUAGAAUCCUUCAGAGCCCUCAAUUGGAUUUGUGGACGCAUGAGCAACGCUGCAUUCGGAGCUCAACACCCUACGCUCGCUGUGCAGCCUUCUCAGCUCACAUCAGGGCAGGUGGGAAAGGAGGCUGGGGGGAACGAAGCGGCCCAAGCUCUCGACGCAGGCGACGAAAGUACACAGUCUUGUCCCAGCUCGGAGUCACGUCCAGGUCCAAGUCAAGUUGCUGCUAAACGCGACCGAUCAGCGCCACGACGACGGAUGAUGCAAAACUCCAGCAGUCAGUCGUUGGAGCCGAUCGAGUCUCUAGGCAUGGACGCAGAGGCGGACUUCGAUCUAUUGGAAUUAUCUCAGCGCGUGGCAGACGUUGUAUCAGGUCAAGCAGCGGAGAAAGGGAUACAGCUGGUCCUCACGGAAGCGGGGAGCGAGCUGAGAGCACCAGAAGGUGACAAACUCAAAGCUGCUUAUAGUGUGCGAGGCGACGAAGGCGCCACGAGGUUCGCGAUCAUGCAACUAUUAGCCCGAGUUAUCGAUGCGUCAUCUCCAAGGACAGUCGUAGAAUGUGGCCCGCAGGUUGAUCGGGCAAUUACUUCGGACCACGAUGCUGCUGACGCGAACGCUGCACCACAUCAGCUAGUAUGCACGUAUGCGGUCUCGGUACACGGUGACCAAGAUUUGUCCAGAGACUGUAAGAUGGUGCUGGACGAUGUGACUACCCAGCUGCUUCAAUCGGUAGGCGCAGAAGUCGUCGUCGAUCACCCAUCAUCCUCCGAGCGCGGGACGAUGUGGAUCAUGAAGCUCCCUUUGAGGCUCGGUUCACCGCUGUUGGAAGCAAAGCACAGAGCGCCAGCCGAAACAGAGGCACGACAGCGCUUUCUGCCAGCACUGGAGCUUGCGGAGGAGCCGUCUGCUGCUGACCUAGAGGAAUUUGCACAGAAGGAGCUGCGGGGCAGAAAGAUUGCACUACACGCGUCGCCCACCAGCAGAUUUGCGCAGCUUCUUUCCGCACAGCUGGGAGCGCUGGGCUGCGAAACUGCGCACUUGCCUCUUGAAGGCGAUGCUGGCAAUUGGGAAGAGACGAGGUCGUGGACCGGGACAGGUGCCGAGGACGAGAGUAGCUUGCCAAGAACGGCGAUCGCCCUGUCUAGAGACAAUAGGCCCAGCUUGAUUCACUAUCCAAGCAACGCUGGCAUGGGCGUGGAGCUCGCCCGAGGACCUCAACCGUCACAUGACAGAUCGAACAGCGACGACACGGCUGUUUUGGAUCCAGUCACUGGUGUGCCGGUGGUUCUGCACGCUAGCGCAAUGAUUCAGGCUCAACAGCCGAAGGCCAUUGGGUAUGCAAGCUCCGACCAAGCGCCGGGCUCGCCGUCGGCGUCGGGUAGUGGUGACCGCGAGAAGCGAGGUCAAGACUCAACUACUAGAGGUCCUUUACCGUUCAGCUUUGUGCUGAUCGACGACGACAUCGAGACGUUGCAGAGAGAGCUUCUCCGAAUGCGCUCAGCAACGGCCGUCUUGAGGUCUGCCCUGGGCUCAGCUAAGUCGACCAGCAGCAAGCCUGCAAGCGUCCAGCGCGUAAUGAACGACGAGCGCGUGACUUCUCACCACGUCGGAUAUGCACCCCAAACGCAUGCCAUCAUCCACUUCACAAGUUUGAAGAAGUAUCGCAUCGUCCGGGACGCUAUCCAACCUAUCGUUGAAUCAGCAGCUGCGCAAAGAGCACCCCUUCCAGAGGUCAUCGUCAUCCCGCAGCCUUUGGGCAUUCGCAGACUACUGACGGCGAUGCACACUGCUGUGCACAAGCCCUUAGUGGAUCCCUUCUUCUCCGCCAUAGCCACAAGUCCAAUGUCACCCAGCACCGCACCAGCUCUUAAACAGGUGAACGGAAGCGCCCCAGCCCUGCCUUCGCCUGGUAUUGUCGAGGUGCCUAGGAUGCUUGACGUACAAGGAGCCGGCGACGCUGUGCCAGACUCGCACGCACCGUCAGAAGCCAUCGACACUGCCUCUAAGCUCGGGAUAGAUGUCGGCUUGGCCACAGGCGAGCCCCGCGCCCACGAGACGCACGCGGCGGAACCAAAGGAUGCCAGCCGACACCCCGCUCUGCAUCUAGACAUGCCACCCAGAGACCCGGCGCUGGACCUCCUUGGAAGACAGAAGGGUCCAAUCCCUCAGGAGGCCACCCGGUCUGUCCUCGAGUCUGGAGACGGCGCGAGGAAGCCGUCAGCGCCGCAUCUUGCCAAGUCAUCAGCAACGACCCCUUCAGCCGACUCGAUUCCAGGCAAACAGGGCAUCUCGCGAGCAGUGCAAGCGGUGCCUGCUACAAAUCAUCUCGCACCAGGGCUUCCGUCCACGGCAAGCACGAUGUCACAUCACAGCGGCGGUAGCCCAUUGCCCUUGGACGCUUUGGGCUACUUCAGUGAGACGGCCUCGAGACUGGGUAGUCGAGGAGCGUCGGGCAUGGUCAUCCAAAGUCCUGAUGGGCGGCCUGCCGGCAUUUUCUUUCAGCCAAGGACCAGCUCGCAAGGGAACAGAACGCCGGCAUCGACAAGACGAGGCAGCGACAAUAGCAAUCAGCAGCGCUCGUCUACAGAUGUCGGCUCAUCUCAGCGCACUGGGGAACACACGCGAAGGCAACAGCAGCACAGUGGUGAUCUCACACCAGUCACCCUGAAGAGUGCUCUAGACAGUGAGUCCUCCAAGGCUGCCCGACGAGAACGAAAGACCUCAGCUACGGGAAGCGUCGAAAGCGUUGCAGGCCCUUCCUCUCCACGGAGCUGGAACUAUCCUGCUGGCUCGCUCUUUGUACCGCAAGUUGGCAUUGAGAGCAUUUUGAGCGGAGGCAGGCCGCCACUGGCCACUCCUUUGGACGAAAGCGCACGCGCAAACGGCGUGUGGGAGCCUAGCAGAGCGGAAACUGCUUCCCAGCAUGGCACUGGACCAGCUGCGUCAGCUAGUCCUUUGACUCGAGUUCUCUCACCUCGAAGCACCCAGCAACCCUUGAUAUCCGCGCUGUCAAAUGUGUCUCUCCCGAAAGCAUCAGCAGCAGCAGCGCCCUCCACGGUUGCCGAGAGCGCCAAAAGUACAGUGCCAGAACAUCCUCAAUCUCCCAUUCAAAAGGCAGAGUUGGCGCCAGCUCCACUCGGCGAAGCGGGAGCUAGGAUGCCUGAAUCACCAGUCGCUGCGAUAGAUCCCAUCAGUGCAGCUAGACACUCUUUCGCCGCGCCUCAGAGUCAAGAGUCCCGGCGGCCGAGCGCACAACCGCAGUCUGGCCUUCUUAUUGGUGCUGGGUUUGCACCCAAGGCGAAGAAGGGCACUGGACCUAAGCCUGCUCCGAUUCGCCAAAAAGUGCUACCGCCUAUCAAGGUGCUAAUCGUAGAAGACAAUCCGAUCAAUCAGGCUAUCUUGCAGAAAUUUAUGAAGCGCAAGCAGAUUUCGUGGGAAGCUGCACGAGACGGACGGGAAGCGAUCGACAAGUGGGCCAAGGGGGGCUUCCACUUGAUCUUGAUGGACAUUCAACUCCCUGUGAUGGACGGAAUUGAAGCAACCAAAGAGAUCAGAAAAUUGGAGCGCAUGGACAACGUCGGACUACCCUCUACCACACCGCCCGCUAGCCAGGUUGUCACGGGCGUCAACGCCGAACAAAUCACACCAGCAAAGCAAGCUAGCGAAGCCUUCAGCGUUCCAGCUACUCCAUUCCGCGCCUCAGUGAUCAUCGUAGCCUUGACGGCAUCAGUCCUCAACAGUGAUCGAGUAGCUGCCCUUGCAGCAGGCUGCAACGACUUCCUGAACAAGCCAGUCGACCUUAAUUGGCUCGAGAGGAAGCUGUGGGAAUGGGGCAGCAUCCAGUACAUUGUGCUCUCCGGACAGCUCUCAACGGCCGCAAGAAAGGCCAGUGCAGGCGGACGAGGCGCUCUGGAGGAGGCUCGCGGGAACAGAGAAGUGCAACGAGGCUUCGGCUCGGGUCCAGAUGCUCUGGCAAAGAAGAUUGCCAAUUCGUUGCAAAUUGUCCGGAAAAGCAGUCCUGCGCCAGCAGCGUCACCGAAUGCCAGCGUCAAGAAGGCUGCGCCCAAGCCGGACUUAUGAAUGGAGCUCCCGCACCUCGCUUCCUCGCGACGCUCGUCACUUGACAGCUCAGCUGCAGCUCACUCUUUGCGAUGCUCAAUAAUGUCGGAUCUCUCGCUUUACCAUCGCACCUUGGGCUUCCCCGACACGCGCACUGAUUGUUGCUCUAUCUCCUUCCGUCGAGGCUCACCUACGCGUCACAAAAUGCACAUGCUUUGAGCUAGCCAGCCAGUCAGUCAGCCAAUCAGUUUCUUUCUGUUCACGACCCGACUU